CAAAUUAGGACUAGAAAAAAAUGGUUGGAAAUGCUGAAGGUAAUCACAGCUUACAUAUGAAUGGAACAAUUCAUAAUCAGAAUUCAAAUGGUAAUUUAGAGGAGAAGCUCGACGAGCUUCGAGCUCUCAUGGGCAAAGCGGAAGGCGAUCCAUUACGGAUCGUUGGUGUUGGUGCUGGUGCUUGGGGAAGUGUUUUCACUGCCUUAUUGCAAGAUAGUUACGGUCACUUAAGGGAUAAGGUUAUAAUUAGGAUAUGGAGGAGGCCUGGUAAGUCAUUAGAUAGAGUCACAGCUGAGCAUUUGUUUGAUGUGAUAAACUCCAGGGAAGAUGUGUUGAGGAGAUUAAUUAGGCGUUGCGCGUAUUUGAAGUAUGUUGAAGCUAGAUUAGGUGAUAGGACUUUGUUUGCGGAUGAGAUUUUGAAAGAUGGGUUCUGCUUGAAUAUGGUGGAUACUCCUCUUUGCCCUUUGAAGGUUGUGACGAAUUUGCAGGAAGCUGUGUGGGAUGCUGAUAUUGUUAUUAAUGGGUUGCCGUCGACGGAAACGCGGGAGGUGUUUGAGCAAAUUAGUAGGUAUUGGAAGGAGAGGAUUACGGAACCGGUUAUUAUAUCCUUGGCAAAAGGUAUAGAGGCUGAGUUGGAGCCUGAGCCGCGCAUAAUAACUCCCACUCAGAUGAUAAAUCGAGCAACUGGAGUUUCCAUGGAGAACAUCCUCUAUCUCGGAGGACCUAACAUUGCCUCGGAAAUUUAUAAUAAGGAAUAUGCUAAUGCCCGAAUAUGUGGAGCAGCAAAAUGGAGGAAACCUUUGGCUGCAUUUUUGAGGCAUCCUCACUUUAUAGUAUGGGAUAAUAGUGAUCUUGUUACUCAUGAAGUCAUGGGUGGUUUAAAGAAUGUAUAUGCAAUUGGAGCCGGAAUGGUAGCAGCUCUUACAAACGAGAGUGCAACUAGUAAAUCAGUAUACUUCGCUCAUUGUACAUCAGAAAUGAUAUUUAUCACACACUUAUUGGCAGAAGAACCUGAGAGACUUGCUGGGCCCCUGUUGGCUGACACUUAUGUAACCUUAUUAAAAGGUCGCAAUGCAUGGUAUGGCCAGCAGUUGGCCAAAGGGGCGCUAAACCUUGAUAUGGGUGACAGCAUUAAGGGCAAGGGAAUGAUUCAGGGUGUCUCUGCUGUGAAAGGAUUCUAUGAAUUGUUGAGUCAAUCCAGCUUAAGUGUUCUACAUCCUGAAGAGGAGAAGUCUGUGGCCCCAGUUGAACUUUGCCCCAUAUUGAAGAUGCUGUAUAGAAUACUCAUAAUGAGGGAGUUUCCAGCUGAGGCCAUUCUUCAAGCAUUAAGGGAUGAAACAAUGAACGACCCAAGAGAUCGCAUUAAAAUUGCACAAAGCCAUGUAUUUUACAGAGCAUCGCUGUUGGGACAGAAACCUUGAUGGCGCAGCGAAUAUUGUGGUGUCUAUUGAGAAUUGAAAUGAUGUGAUGAGCUACAUUAUGUAAUUUUACAUUUUUUUAACUUGGGAAGUAAACUAUUAGGAUAAUAAGUUAGGAUAAGAGUGUCAAUAAAUUUGUUGUUGUAUUGAUUCCUUCAUUUGUUAAGUUUGGCCAUUUGAAAGACAAUGAAAUUGACAGAUUUGGAUAGACA